AUGGAGUGUGUGACUACUCCAAUGUUUUCGCUCAUGCUUAAUGGCUCAAUGCAUGGAUUUUUCAAGUCUAAAAGGGGUCUAAGGCAAGGAGAUCCAAUUUCUCUUCUUCUUUUUGUUGUCUGCAUGGAAUAUCUGUCAAGGGUACUGCAUAAAAUGAGUGAUAUGAGCCAAUUUCAGUACCAUCCAAGAUGCAAAGAGCUUAAACUUACUCACUUGUGUUUUGCUGAUGUUCUUAUUCUAUGUUACAAAGGUGAAUUCCCAUCUGCUUACCUCAUUCUGCAAGCUUUCAAGUUGUUCCAUGCUACCUCUGGUUUGAAGGCAAAUCAGCAAAAAUCUUCCAUUUAUUUCCAUGGUAUGAGUAAUGAAGUAAUUCAGAUAAUCAUUAAUGUUUCUGGUUUUACUAGAAGUCAACUGCCUUUCAAGUAUCUUGGUGUUCCCAUUUGUGCUAAGAGAAUAUCUGUUGCUCAAUGUGGAAUGUUAGUAGAUAAGAUGACAACUAGGAUUAAGAUGUGGAGCACUAGGAAUCUGUCUUAUGUGGCUAGAAUGCAGCUUAUCAAUUCAGUUCUGUUGAGCUUACAUAUGCAUUGGGCACAAAUAUACAUUUUGCCUAAGAAUGUUUUACAGGGGAUCACUAAGGUUGUAGGGUCUUCUUGUGGAGUGGUCUUGCUUAUAGUUCUAAGCCUAGCAAUGUAG